AGCAAAUUGUCCCUCUCAAACAAAAUACAGCAGCAAAUAAAUAAACAAAACCAAAGAAACCUGUUGCUUUAACAAUUUUAGAAAGUAGUUUUGAUUAAAACAGUUUAAUAUAUUAAACUUAUAGGCCCAUAUAAAAUGAAUAGGUUCAAUUAUUUUGCAUCAAAACUUACUUUAGGAGGUGGAUCUGUUUUGUACAGUGCACCAUAAUCGGUUUUAUUAAUACUAUGGUAUUUAAAAUGUUAUCUUUAAAAGAAUGAAAAAUAAGAAAUAAUAUUGGAAGUUUAACAAUAUGUACCUAGGAAAGUAAGAAGUUUUUUAAACGCCAUUUAAAUUAAGAGUUUUUAAUACACUAGUUUUCUUGAGAAGUUUAUAAAAGGAAUUGCAUAGCAAACUUUACCUACGACGAACACAAUAAGAAUUUAAAUAUAUUUUAUCUGAGAACUGUCAAGCGGUUUUAACCUCGCUUUUUUUCAAUCUGACAUCUGUCAAACGGUUUUACCCUCACUUUUUCCCAAUUUGAACUUGAAGCGUAUAAUCUCGAGUUUAGUGAAAAUGUCAUCUGUCAAAUAUUUCCAUUAGUUAAAAUAUCUAUGUAUUUGUCAAAUUUAUACAAACAUGGCUAGUGGAGAAAAUUCCACGAUGAAAUCAGGAAAUACAGCUAAAGAUUCAGAUAAAAAUAAAGAAAUCCUGCCGGGUUAUAAAACCAUAGAAGAUUUUACUAAGGAAGGAUUUAAAAGUCUAGUGCAGGCAAUAAAGCACUCAAAUGCCCUCCCAGGUGGUAGGGACUGGAGUUUCUAUAAAACGCACGAUGCGUUCAAAAAAAUCAUGUCCGAUGAAAGGAACACAAUUCAAAAAUUGAUAAACACAAUACUGCGAGCUAAUGAAAUCGAAGGUAGCAUUAGAAACCGCAUUAGGGAUGAAGCAACGGAAGUAAUAAUCGAAGCCAAUGAUCAGAUACUUGAAAAAGUGGCAGGUCACAUAGAUGAAAUGAAUGGCAUAAGAAAAUCAACUUACGAACCUAUAGUGAUCCAAGCUGUGAGUGCUGAACUUCCUAUAAACGGGUCCUGGAAUCGCGUAAACAACGCUACAUUUUCAGUAAGCUCUUCAAUGACAUCAAAUGCGACACCAAAUGCCAAUUCAGUAAGGCUGCUUACAGCCAAAAAUAUCAUCAGGCCUCAAAGUUUGUUCAGGGAUAAAAUUAAUAAUGCCUUGGAUUCACCUUGGGAGCCCAAAAUUACAGAUAAACCUAACUCUUUGAAACCAUUGGCAAUUUUUUUGGAACAAACUGAAAAUGGACAAGAGUUUUCUCAUCCAUAUGAAUUUGAAUUGGAAAGAUUCACUCCAUCAGCAGAUGAUUUAUUUAAAGAACCACCUCAAGAGCCAAGGCCAACUGCAGAAACUCCCUUAAUUGAAAUUUCUACACCAGAACAAUUAACAAAAUUAGUUAAAGACCUGAGAAAAUUUAAAGUUAUUGCUAUAGAUUUAGAACAUCAUUCUUAUAGAUCGUUUAUGGGGAUAACAUGUUUAAUGCAAAUUUCCACAACGGAAAAAGACUAUUUAAUUGACACUCUGGCUCUAAGGGAUAAUUUACAUGUAUUAAACGAAAUUUUUACCAAAUCAAGCGUUGUUAAGGUUUUCCAUGGGGCCGAAUCAGACAUCCAAUGGCUGCAAAGAGAUUUAUCCCUCUACAUCGUGAAUAUGUUCGAUACGUUCCAAGCAGCGAAACUUUUGGACUAUUCUCGCCUCUCAUUGGCUUACUUGUUAAACAGGUUUUGCAAUUUCAUGCCCAAUAAGCAGUUCCAAUUGGCUGAUUGGAGGAUAAGGCCACUGCCUGAGGAAUUAAAAUCCUAUGCUAGGGAGGAUACACACUAUCUCAUCUAUAUUUAUCAGAAACUUAAGGAGGCUUUGUAUGAAAAAGCUAACGGGCAGGAUAAUUUGUUGAAAAGCGUUUUUCAGAGGAGUAGGGAUGUUUGUUUGAGGAGGUAUUUUAAACCUGUACUAAGGGAGGAUAGCUACAUGGAUUUCUAUAGGAAAUGCAAAAGAAUGUUUGACAAUAGGCAGUUGUACGCCUUAAAAGAGUUAUAUAAGUGGAGGGAUACCAUAUCAAGGGAAGAAGAUGAAAGUACUGGGUAUGUUUUACCCAAUCACAUGUUAUUGCAAAUAGCGGAAAGUCUACCACGCGAAAUGCACGGGGUUUUGGCUUGUUGCAACCCAAUUCCGCCCUUGGUUAAGGCUAAUUUAUUAGAUCUUCACCACAUAGUGCUCAAGGCUCGUGAUCAGCCUUUGAACAAGGCCAUCCUACAAGAAGACACCAGAGCUAGAGGGCAAACGAAAAAAGUAUCAAAAAUAAACGUCGAUAGUCCGUUAAAUUGUCCCCAUGAUCUCACUAAAGCCAGCGAGUUCAGAGACGACCUACCUACAUUACUAAACGAUCAAAGCAACAAUUCAAUUUUUUCAAUGCUGGAAAAAAGUGUGGGUACCGAAAAAACCGCGUCUUUAUUCUCCGUUUUUAACACACCGGAAAAUUCCGAGGACGAAACAACGAACGCAAAUCAGGAAACCAUCAAAUUCCUAGCGCCAUAUCAAAGAUACACGAUGGUAAAACCGUUCAUACAGGCUGAGGAAGAGCGGUUGCAACAGGAAAAAGAAGAAGAAGACCAAAGGGCAGAAAAGGCGGCAGAAGAAGAGCGCAGCGAUGCGCAGAGAAUCGAAUCGGUUAAACAGCAUUACAUGGAGUUGAAGAGGCAGACGGUUGAAAGUCAGUCGUUAAUAGAGAUGGGGGGUACUAGGAAGAGGAAAAGGAGGACUUCUGGGGAUGAUUUACUAUUUAAUUUGAUGUAUGAUGGGUUAGAGAGCAAUAUACAAACCCCAGUGCCUAUAAUCAGUUUUAGUAAUAAUCAGGAUACUAACAGGAAUAAGAGGAAAUCUGGUGAUAACCAUGAUAAUGGUAGUCCUAGUAAGUUGUUCAAGAUUGAUAGUGAGGGUACCCCACAGAAACAACAGCAGCAAAAAAAUAAGGGAUAUAACAAUAAAAAGAACAAAAACAAAAACCAAAAAGGUAAUCAAGGCAACAAUCAAGAACCAAAACAGAAUAAGAACAAUAGUCCUAAUGUACAACAAGGUGGUAGAGGUAAAAAUAGAAAUAACAGAAACAGGACACCAAAUAGGCAACAAAAUCCUCAGAAUCAACAAGGACAAAAUAAUUUUACCCAAGAUAGCUUCGAUUAUUCUUCUGUAGACUACAGGCAAUUCCAGGGGGGUGCUUCAGGGGCACAGAAACCCAAAGACUUCCAGAGCCAUUUUAGACCCAAGGGCAAAGGCAAAGGUCAAAACAAAGGCUUUAACAGAUCGCAAACCUUCGGGGGUGCCCCCAAAUGGGCCGGCUCUAGAGGCGGAGGUAGAGGGGGUGGCUCUCGCGGUAGAGGGGGUGGCUCUCGCGGUAGAGGGCGUUAGUUUAUGUGUAAAUAUUUCUAAAUAUUUAAUCUAAGUUAAGUGUUUUAAAUUGACAAAUUUUCAUAUUUAUAAAACUGUUUUUUCCAAUAAAAACUA